AAACAAUUGAUUUUAAACGAUUAAUUAAGUAAAUAUUAUAAAUAAUGCCUUAUGAAAUAAUAUAUAAGCAAACGUUUAUUAUCUAGUUUUUGGACACGUAGAAUAACUUUACAAUCUAUUUAUAUAGUUUUAGGUAUUAUUUGACACUUAAUUUGGGAUUAAAACCUAUCUUUUCACAAUAUUUUACUAUCUUAAUACUUCCUUUACAACACUGAUUAUAAAUUGGUCUAAAUUCAUUCGCCAUAAUUGCUAAACUACACCUAUAGCAUUCGGCAUCCGAUAUUCUAUUUAAGCAUACCGUUUUCGGUAAAUUUCUUUCAAUAUCGUACCAUCUUUUUCUAGAUGCUUCCGGAAAAUCUAUAUUACCGAGUUUCGCGUACGAAUGGAGGCCUUUCAACGUAUACAAGGGAGAAGAUUAUAUCGUUAUUAAUGAAAGAAGAAUGGAAUAUUACAGCAAAAUAUGAAGAAAAUUCGAACGCUAUAUGAGACUGCAAGUGACGCGAAAUUUUUUAAUGCAUUAGCCGCGGCAAGUCGCUGGCAGCAAUGAACCGCAGUCUAGUGAACACAUGUCGGAAUUCUCGUUCGGAUCCGCCGUUAAUCCUUUGCGGUAUUGCGGGGCGUUCGAAUGAUUGGUUUGCGGUACUGCCUACUGCAAUCCUUCUGCGCGGCUAUUAUUUUUGACGCAGAAUGGUGCGAAAGGGGAAGUGGGCCUCUUAAAUAUAACGAUGUCCCAUUCUAUAUCUCGAGAACUCGAGAUGGUGGAUUAUGGCUUCGUACUGGAAGUGAAGGUCAUGGUGACUACUCCUUACAUAAUCUAACUCAUGGAAAACGACUACUUCAAAUGAUUAGCAAUGACCAGACAAAUGCGAUUCUUACGACGAAUUUUUCGGAUUCUUGUGUUAUCAGUGAUAUCCAAUUUUCACUUAUUUUUACUGUUUCCAAGAUAAAGAGCUACAUUAAAGUGAUAGAUGUCAUAAGUAAGACGGAUGAUUCUAUAUUUUUUCGACCCUAUCGAAAUUGCUUACCUAGUAAAGUUACAGUUGUAAAAUUAUCUGACGAUAAGCAGAAUAUCUAUUGUACUGGUCGAGUUCGUAAAAAUAGCUGCAAUUCUGCUGGUCUACCUCACUUCAAUCAAUCCAGAAGAAGUUUUGUAAAAACGAUUGGUAUCGAUAUUAGCAACGAUCACGAUAAAUGUAAUCCUGCUCCAAUACCAAGUUCGAUAACUUUCCUAGGAGACUAUUACCACGCCUAUAUAAGAAUAGGUGAAUGUAAGAAGCCCAAAGAUCUUCCACAAUUGGGAUAUGAAGCCCGUUUAAGGGCGCAUGCCGACGAGGAAUCGCAAAAGACUAUUUUACUAACUGAUCCCUCGCAGGAAUCAUUAGCGGAAUCUUCUCAACUAGAUUCGUGGAAGAUUUACGUGAAGACAACAUCCAGUCAACAGUCCCUCCAUCUUCAAAUAUGGCGGCCCCAAAAGGCCGGAAUAUAUAAAUUAGUUUCCGAUACUUUUGUGCCUUUCGACCGUCUGGACUUGAGAUUACAAACCAUUGACGUCAGACAAAAUGAUACUAUAGUGAAAGGCGAUAUACUAGGAUUAUUCUUCUCAGGUGGAAAUCCCAUUGGAUGGGAUUCCGUACCAUGCGCAACGGAAGAACAAAAGUACAAAUAUUUAAGGAUCAAGGAUAAGAAGCAGCUAAGACUUGGGAGAUCAUUUAAAUUUCAUACAGCUAGAGGUCGCCACGCUUGCCGACACUAUUCCUAUGUUGCAGUUUUUGCAAAUAAGAAAUCACUACCCAUAAUUGAAGAUUGGAAAUGUCCUGGAAAGAAGCUGAACUUAGAAGGGAAAGAUCUAUGGAGAACGUCUACAUCAAAAGAUACUCAAAAGAAAACAGUUUUACACGUUCAUACAGACGUUAGACUUUCCUACAGUUCCACUAUACCAAUCUACGUAAUCUUAGUGAUAAUCGGAUGCUUAAUAUCCUUGUUAAUUAUUGUCGGUGUAAUAUCCUAUUACAGAGCAUUAAAAACGUAAAUUAAUUCCAAUUGUAUUUUCAAGAAACAAAUAACAAAAAAAAAGAGAAACAACAUGUUCAAUAAUACAUGCAGAUUGUAAUUUUAUUAUCUCGUUAUUUUUCUUCUUAUUACAGUCACGUUUGAAUUAACAGUAAGACAAGUUCCUAGUUCCUUAAUUUAAUAACCUUAAAAAUACGAUACAACGAAGUCAAUAGGGGGCGCUUCAUUUUACCUUAUUCUCUUUCCUCCCUGCCCAACACGAAUUCUUUAAACUAGCUUAUCCCUCAUUUAAAAGCAAUUCUUAUUCCAAUUCAUUAGAAAAAGUGACUUUCCUUAUCUGACUAUUCCUUUUGCUAGGUAACAAAUUCUCGAGUAGACUGAUAUUCUUCAUCUUUUAGCCCAAUGUAAUAAUCUAUCGUAUAGUAUCAGCGUUUAUUGACUUUUAGUUUAGUGAAUUUGACCUUCAA